UGCGUUUUUCUCCUUUCUCUUUCUUCCAAUGUUCAACCCUGUUUCAGUCUCAUUCUUCACAAAGAAUGUCAAUCCCAAGAGACUUCUUCUUGUAAACAACUGCUAUAAGGCAACAAACAAGGUACGUGCUUUCUGUUCCUCGUAGCGUAAGUAAGGCUCCCAAGUUCCAACCUUGGUUGGUGUCUUGUCGAGUCUCUUGUCUUGUUACCAAUGAGGUUUCUUUGGGUUCUUCUUCCUCUAUGUUUUUCUUCCUUGUUAUGCUCUGUUUCUGCUUUGAGCUCUGAUGGGGUGACUCUAUUGUCACUCUUGAGGCGUUGGACUUCUGUGCCUCAUCCUGUAAAGUCCACCUGGAAUCUCUCAGAUUCCACCCCUUGCUCGUGGGUUGGAAUCCAGUGCGACCAUGCCCACAAUGUGAUCUCUCUUAACCUCACUGGCUAUGGGAUUGAGGGUCAAUUAGGACCUGAGGUUGGACUUCUGAGUCACUUGAAGAGCCUUGUAUUGAUGGAUAAUGGGUUAUCUGGAACAAUUCCUCCCGAGUUAGGAAAUUUUAGUGUGCUAGAGUACUUGGAACUUUCUGUAAACAGCUUCAGUGGACAAGUGCCUAGUAGCUUCAAAAGCUUGCAAAAUUUGAAGUUUAUCAGCCUUUCUUAUAAUCAAUUCACUGGUCAAAUCCCAGAAUUCAUCACUCAAAUCCCUCACCUGCAACAUGUUGAAAUGUCUGAUAACUCUCUAAACGGUUCCAUUCCUUCAGGUAUAGGAAACAUGAGUGAGCUUUUGGUCCUGUAUCUUCAGAAUAAUAAGUUGUCUGGGGAAAUUCCUUCCUCAAUUGGGAAUUGUAGUAAAUUGCAGGAAUUGUUCUUGAAUGAGAAUCAGUUUCAGGGAACCCUUCCUGACACUCUUAACAAUCUCCAUGGUAUAGUUUAUUUGGGCUUUGCUAGUAAUAAUUUUAGGGGCACUAUUCCAUUGGGUUCUGGCAGUUGUAAAAGUCUGCUUUCCUUAGAUCUGUCAUACAACUCAUUUAGUGGAGGAAUUCCUUCAAGCUUGGGGAAUUGUAGUGGUUUAACCCAAUUUGCUGCUGUUAGCAGUGGCCUAACUGGCAAUAUUCCAACCUCCAUUGGUCUUCUUCACAAGCUUUCCAUUUUGAGGCUUCCUGUGAAUCAUUUGUCCGGAGAAAUACCUCCAGAGAUCAGAAAUUGUAAGUCUUUGACACAGUUGCACUUGUAUUCCAAUCAACUUGAGGGUGAAAUUCCUAGUGAGCUAGGAGAGUUGAGUGAAUUACAGGAUCUUGAAUUGUUUUCCAACCGUUUUACCGGUGAAAUUCCUCGUAGUGUCUGGAAGAUUCAAAGUCUUGAGCAUAUCCUUGUGUACAAUAAUAGCCUUUCCGGAGAACUACCUUUGGAGAUGACAGAGCUCAAGCAUCUGAAGAAUAUCUCAUUGUUUAACAACCACUUCUCUGGAGUCAUACCUCAAACUUUGGGAAUCAAAAGCCGUUUAGUACAGUUGGACUUUACGAAUAAUAAGUUCACUGGAAACAUCCCGCCAAAUCUUUGUUCUGGAAAGAAAUUAACUAUGCUGAAUUUGGGCCUCAAUCAGCUUCAAGGCAGAAUACCUCCAGAUGUAGGAAGGUGUACGACUCUUAGAAGGUUGAUUCUCAAAGAAAAUAAUUUUACAGGGCCUUUUCCUGAUUUUCAAUAUAAUCCAAAUCUCACGUUCAUGGAUAUCAGCAGAAACAAUAUUAAUGGCUCAAUCCCACCAAGUUUGGGAAACUGCUCCAAUGUCACUGAUUUAAUUUUGUCAAAUAAUAACUUUGCGGGGCAUAUACCACCAGAGCUAGGUCACCUUGCUAGCCUGAAGACUCUUCAUCUUGCUCACAACCACUUAGAAGGUCCUUUGCCACCCGAGCUAUCAAAGUGUACUAAAAUGGAUAGUUUUGAUGUGGGAUACAAUUUACUGAAUGGUGCAUUUCCACCAAGUUUGAGGAGCUGGUCGGUGCUUACCACAUUAAUUCUAUGGGAAAAUCAUUUUAAUGGGGGCAUCCCAGAUUUCUUGUCAGAAUUUAACGAGCUCUCUGAGCUGCAGCUUGGUGGGAAUAUGUUUGGAGGAAAAAUUCCAGGAUCAAUUGGGGCACUGCAGAAUCUGCGCUAUGGGUUGAAUCUAAGUGCUAAUGGACUGAUUGGCAAAAUCCCUCCAGAGAUGGGAAAAUUAACAAAUCUGCUAAGUCUGGAUCUAUCUCGAAACAAUCUGACUGGAAGCACAAAAGUUCUUGCUGAGCUUUCUUCAUUACUUACAGUCAAUGUUUCAUACAAUUUGUUUCAUGGUCCUGUACCAAAUAUGCUGAUGAAGCUGCUUAAUUCUUAUCCUUCAUCGUUUUUGGGAAAUCCAGGCCUGUGUGUUAGUUGUUCAUCAUCAAACAGAUUGGAUUGCAAUCAGAGCAUCUAUCUAAAGCCAUGUGAUGAUAGAGUGACAAACCAGAAAGGCCUUAGUAAAGUUAAAAUAGCAAUGAUAGCACUUGGAUCGUCAAUAUUUUUUGUUCUUUUGCUGCUGGGAGUAGUCUCUGUGUGUAGCAGAAAAUCUAAUCAAGAAGUCCAGAUCUCUGCCAAAGAAGGUACUUCCUUACUACUUAACAAAGUGAUGGAGGCUACUGCUAACCUAAAUGACCGAUUUAUCAUUGGUAGAGGAGCUCAUGGAGUAGUUUAUAAAGCUACUGUAGAUCCAGCCCAAGUUUUUGCUGUGAAGAAGCUUGCAUUUGCUGGGAACAAAGGCAAGAGCUUAAGCAUGGUUAGAGAAAUUCAAACCCUUGGAAAGAUUAGGCACCGGAAUCUGGUCAAAUUGGAAGACUUUUGGUUGAGAAAGGACUUUGGUCUGAUCUUGUACACCUACAUGCCAAAUGGAAGCCUUCAUGAAGUCUUGCAUGAAAAGCAUCCACCGCCAUCCUUAGAGUGGAAUGUCCGAUAUAAGAUAGCCAUUGGCAUUGCUCAUGGACUGGCCUAUCUCCAUUACGACUGUGAUCCUCCCAUAGUGCACCGUGACAUCAAACCAAGAAACAUACUCCUAGAUUCUGACAUGGAGCCUCACAUAGCCGAUUUUGGUAUUGCCAAGCUUUUGGAUCAAGCUUCUGCUUCAACACCAUCUAUAUCUGUCCCUGGCACAGUAGGCUAUAUUGCACCAGAGAAUGCAUAUACAACAGCAAAUAAUAGAGAAUCUGAUGCAUACAGUUAUGGGGUAGUUUUGCUUGAGUUAAUAACCAGAAAGAAAGCAGUAGAUUCAUCAUUUAUGGAGGGCGUUGAUAUAGUGGGCUGGGUCAGAACUCUCUGGGGUGGAACAGAAGAUGUUCACAAGAUUGCUGAUUCUGGCCUUGCCGGGCAGUUUUUGGAUUCAAAUGUUCUCGAUCAAGCGACCAAAGUGCUUUUGGUGGCUCUGAGAUGCACUGAGAAUGAUCCACGCAGGAGACCCACAAUGAGAGAUGUUGUCAAGCAAUUAGAAGAUGCUAAUCCGAGGACAAGAAGUAAAAAGCUUCCAAGUUCGAACUCCUUAAUCCAUAGUUGAUUAUGCAAUGUAAGAUUCAGAAGUCUAUUGUUUCUUCUCUCAAGCAGCGAAAUAGCUCACUUGCACAGCAAUUCAAAUGUAGAUGCCUAUUGAUGGUUUUUGAACUUCAACUUCAAAAUGUGAUUUAUAGUUUCAAAAAUUUUCCCCUGGAUGUAACUGGAACUGUCAAAUUCCUUUCCACGUAAGCAAAUUUAGAAUGUGAGUAGCUGAAGGCAAACAGAGGGUAUGCCUCAAAUUUUGCUGGUGUCAACAAUUUAGUUGAUAUUGUGCAGUUUA